AUGUCAGCUCCGGAGCCAGUCCACGUCGACCCCCACAAGGGUGGUGACGGUCACCUACACCUUGCCAGCGUUCUCGAUGAGAAGGAAAUGUCGGUACAGCUUGGAGGCGGAAGUCGCCAUGGGAGCGAUGAUGAAGGCGUGGGCCUUCGUCGAGAGAUGCCCACCGACGAAGAAAUGUUGACCCUGCGCCGAGUUGCAGACAAGAUCCCCUGGAUCACGUUCAGUAUUGCCUUUGUCGAAUUGUGCGAACGGUUCUCCUACUACGGCACAAUUAACGUCUUUACCAACUUUAUUCAACGUCCCCUUCCAGAGGGAUCAACGACAGGUGCCGGUGGUACGGACAGGAUCUCGGGUGCUUUGGGCUUGGGUCAGCGCGCAUCGACUGGUUUAACACUAUUUAACCAGUUUUGGUCUUACAUUAUGCCAUUGGCUGGUGCUUGGGUCGCAGAUCAACACCUGGGCCGUUUUAAGACAAUUAUGUAUUCCAUCGGUUGUGCAUUGGUCGGCCACAUUAUCCUCAUCAUCUCUGCAAUUCCUCCGGUGAUUGCCAAAGGCAAUAGCGCAAUCGGUGCGUUCGCUGUUGGUAUGAUUAUCAUGGGUAUCGGAACUGGAGGUUUCAAAUCCAACAUUUCCCCCUUGAUUGCAGAGCAGUAUACUGAAACUCACCCGUACAUCUCUACCACGAAAGACGGCGAGCGAGUCAUUGUUGACCCUGCAGCAACUGUCUCCCGUAUCUAUCAUUACUUUUAUCUCAUGAUCAAUAUAGGUGCCCUUGUUGGUCAGAUUUCUAUGGUUUACGCCGAGAAAUACGUCGGGUUUUACUUGUCUUACACACUACCGACGGUCAUGUUCUGCCUUUGCCCAGCCGUUUUAUACUUCUGCCGCAAUCUAUACAUUCUCACACCACCGCAAGGUUCCGUCUACGGCAAAGCAAUGAGGGUAUGGGGUUUGGCUAUGAAGGUUACCGCAACUUCCAGGACCCGAACAUUCCGACAUGGGCUGUUGGCUUGCAAAGUCUUCUUGUGGUAUCCUCUCUUCUGGCUCGCGUACAACCAGAUGACAAACAACUUGACCUCUCAGGCUGCCACCAUGACUUUGAAUGGUGUCCCUAAUGAUGUCGUUAACAACCUGAAUCCCUUCGCGCUCAUCAUUUGUAUCCCCCUCAUGGACAAAUUCGUCUACCCAACCUGCCGCAAGCUGAACUUGAAAUUCACCCCAGUCAAACGCAUUACGGCCGGUUUCUUCGUCGCUUCCAGUGGUAUGAUUGCUGCCACUGUGACCCAAUAUUACAUUUACAAACUGGGUCCUUGCGGUUAUUAUGCGAAUGAUUGCGCAGACAAGAGUAUCCCAGCUCCCAUCAGCGUCUGGGUUCAAGCCAUUCCCUACGUCUUCGGUGGUAUCUCCGAAAUUUUUGCCUCUGUUACCUCCCUUGAAUACGCUUUUACGAAAGCUCCAACAAACAUGAGAUCCAUGGUUCAAGCCAUCGCCCUUUUCAUGAACGCCCUCUCCUCUGCUUUGGGCCAAGCCCUCGUCUCCCUUGCGGAAGAUCCCCUUCUGAUCUGGAACUACGGUGUUACAGCAUGCCUCACAUUCUGCGGCGGAGUUGGUUUCUGGUUUACCAACCGCCAGACCGAUAAGGAGGAGGACGCCCUUAACACUCUGCCGAAUUCGCACUUUAACGGCAACAACCCCGAUGAUCUUGAGAAGUCGGUUUAA